AUGGCGACCGAUUCAAUGAAGCAUCUCGAAAAGGUUAUUGCUCACCCACUUGUUGGACCUGGAGUUAAAUGUCUUCGCCUCAUUCUUCCAUACUACCCCUCGGAAAUGGCCGACAGCCGUGUGGUGUUCAAGCAGGUUCAAAUUAAGCGUGAGAUUCGCCUAUGGGAAAGGACGUACCAGCCAGAAUACUACGUUGAGGACCUGCAAGUAAAGCUCGAUAGGGCGUAUGCUGCGUACAAAGAACUCCACAAGCAGCAAGAGGAGAUGAAGCAGAGCUUAGGGGAAAGUCUUACACGGCUAAUACGGAGGAUGCCUGGGAUAACGCAGUUGGAAAUCUAUGAUGAGCCGGUGACGGGAGGCCUCAAGAUUCUGGGCUGGAACGCAUCUCAGUCUCCCACUUCAGGAAAGAAAUUGAACACCUCUCUGGACUUCUACAAGGACGUUAUGGAUAACCUCACCGAGAGGUACACAGUUCCCUUCUUGAAGUGGGAAGACUAUGACUACCUGAAGGGCGACCACGUCCUGACAAUGGAGGACGUCGGUUUCGUGCGCAAGCUUUUGGUCUACCUUGGGACGGCCGGAAUCAAACUCACUCGACUUUCCAUCAAGCCAUCAGCGCCAAAGGACCUCUCAGGUUUCAAAUGCGAUGACGACGAGAAGACUGCUUUGCAAGCCCUCGCGGAAAAUCUCCAACACUUUCUUUUUUCGACAGGGAUACAAAAGGAGAACAAGCUCCGGUCGGGCAAGGAGCUGACGGCAGUCAGUUCAUUCAUGAGCCCACUCAGUCGAAUGCCGAACUUGCAAGUGCUUGCCGUGGACUUUGAGGGCAUGAUGAAGGCCAGGGCACGGUGCAGGCAGGCUUACAGGCAACGGCGAGGAAAGGUUGAGUCUCGCGCGUGCGUAUGUCCUACACAAGUGCAACGUUGUUGA